AUGGUGUCGCUGCUGCCGCGUAUCGAGCGUCUCUCGUCGCGGGUGGUGCGGGUGCUGGGCUGCAACCCGGGGCCCAUGACCCUGCAGGGCACCAACACCUACCUGGUGGGCACUGGGCCCAGAAGAGUCCUUAUCGACACUGGGGAACCAGCCAAUGCUGAAUAUAUUGGCUGUUUAAAGCAGGCACUGUCAGAGUUCAACAUCUCCAUUCAAGAAAUCCUAGUGACGCACUGGCAUUUGGAUCAUACCGGUGGAAUAUCUGAUAUAUGCAAAAACAUCCCGAACGACUCUGAAUAUCGCAUCUCUAAGCUUCCUCGUAUCCCUCACUGUGAAGAAAAAAUAGAAGGAGGACAUCAAUAUUUUUAUCUUAAAGAGGGAGAUGUGGUACAGACAGAGGGAGCCACACUCAGGUAA